AGCAAAAGCAGAUAUUUUUCAGAAGAGUGAAAAUGCCCGAUAUAUUAAAGAUCGCUGGUGAUCACAUCUUGAUAUACGAAGCCUAUUAUAAACAGCUCGACCCAAAGGCAACCAAUGAGAUCGGUGCACAUGAUGCCGCAAAAUUUCUUAAAAAAUCCGGACUAAGCGAUGUGGUACUCAGCAGAAUAUGGGAUCUGUCCGAUCCCACCGGGCGGGGUUUCCUUACCAAGGAGGGAUUUUUUGUGGCGCUAAAACUGAUCGGUCUAGCCCAGGAAGGAUCAGAGUUCAACAUGAAGAACAUCUACAACGAGUUGCCGAAGCCUCCCAAAGUGGGUGAUUUACCGAAGGUACCUGCCCAGGUGAAGCUGGUUCCCACAGAGAACAGUGAUUGGUCAAUUAAACCAGAAAAGAGGCAACAGUACGAACAGUUAUUCGAUUCACUUGGUCCGUUGAACGGUUUACUGCCGGGAGCAAAAGUGCGCACCACUCUAAUGAAUUCAAAGCUGCCGGUAGACACUUUAGGUCGCAUUUGGGAUUUAGCCGACCAGGAUCGCGAUGGAAGUCUAGACAAACAUGAAUUUUGCGUUGCAAUGCACCUGGUGUACGAAGCACUAGAUAAACGAGCCAUUCCAGCAACUCUGCCGCCGCAACUGCAACGUAACGCACAGAGCAGCGCCAACAACGAUAAUGGUUUUGAUGCGUUCGGGAGCGGUGAAGGAGGUUUCGUAGCAAACUUUCCUACAGAUAUUGCACCACCGCCUACUGUACCUCCUCUUCCAGCGGCAGCUCGAGCAACACCGCCCAUCAUUCCACCGGCACCACUAAUUCCGCUCAUUCCGACCGGGGGAUCAGAUGCCAUCGCUAGCAAUGUCUGGGUAGUAACAACGCUGGAACGUUGUCGGUACGAAGAAAUAUUCAACAAAAGCGAUAUGGACCGUGACGGACUUGUAUCCGGACACGAAAUCAAGGAGGUGUUUCUUCAGUCUGGUUUGGCACAAAAUGUUCUCGCUCAUAUUUGGGCCUUGUGCGAUACUAAUCAAACCGGCAAACUAAGACUGGAGGAAUUCUGUCUCGCCAUGUGGCUGGUAGAACGUGCUAAGAAAGGAAUUGAUCCGCCGCAGGCGCUGGCCCCCAACAUGGUGCCACCAAGUUUGAGAAAGAAUUCUCUAAUUAUUCAGCCGGAACCGAAACCGACCUACAGCAAUCCAGAGCUGGAAAUGAUUUCCAAGGAGAUCGAAGAGCUGGCCAAAGAACGCCGACUGCUGGAGCAGGAGGUUGCACAGAAGGAGGCCGACGUUCGAAUAAAGAAUGGGGAAAUGAGAAGUCUGCAGAGUGAGCUAGAUACCUUGACCGCCACACUGAAGCAGUUGGAAAAUCAAAAGGGCGAAGCACAGAAACGGCUGGACGAUCUCAAAAAUCAAAAAGUUGAAGUAGAUACUGCCAUUGCUAGUGCACGAGUGCAGGUGAACAAAAUUCGCGAACAAUGUCAGAAGCAGGAGGCAACCCUUAAAGAGCAGGAAGGUGAGUUGGAUUCGCGCCGUUCGGAGUUACAAAAGCUAAGAGAUGAAGAACAAGCGCUCGAGAAAGAGUACAAUGCUGGAACCAAAGAUGUUGAUCGACUAACAUCACAGCUGCAAGAUACUCAGCUCGAGAUCAGCCAAGUCAAAGCUAUGGUUACACAGAUUCAAGAGUACCAGCGACAGAUGACCGAUGCAUUGGCUAUGUUCCGUAACGCAAUCGAUACAAACGAUCCGGUGCUGGUGUCCGAUUACUCACUCAAAAUAGAACCCGAAUUUAGAGAAGCCAAACAGGCACUCGAAGAAAAGGAAGUAGAAAAUGCCAACAAACGAGAUCCGUUUGGUGACAAUAAAGCAAACGGAUUCGGCGCAACAGAUGGGGAAACAGGUUUCGGUGAUGAUUUUAAAACAAACGGGUUUGCAACGCAGUUCGAUACGAGUAACGGAUUCCAGAGCUCCGGGUUCGACGAUGGAUUUUCAAGUGCUUUCGACAACAAAAGCAGCGACCCAUUUGCUUCUUCCGCAGGCAAUGCCGAUCCAUUCGCUGAAUCGAAAGGAUCUGCUCAACCGCCCGCCAAGGACGAGUUCGGUUGCGAUCCGUUUGCCAUUUUACAUGCUCCAACUACCGCUAGUCAGAUACUCACUCCCAGUCCCAGCAAAUCGGUCGCUCCUCCAAGACCCGAAUCGCCGAGCCCGGCGUUGCCACCUAAAAAGGCAAAGCAACCUCCGCCUCGGCCAGCUCCUCCGCGACCGUUGCAAGGCCCCACUCCGACAAAGUCAGCGCCUCAAUCGACCGAUGCGUUUGGUGACAGCAGCGGUGGAAGUUUUGCCAAUUUCGCUGACUUCGACAAUAAGAACCUUAAACCUGCGGCACCCGCAAAUCCUCUGCAUACAUCCUCAGUCUUAGCGAUGCCAACGUUGACACUGUCGCCAUCGCCAAUCGCUGCCGGUGUGGCGGCACCAUCGCCAUUACCGGUACUGCUGGGCGCUCCUUCCGUUAGUACUGCCAAGUCAUGCUCGGGUCUUUCAGCCUCACCAGCGCCAAGUGCCGCCGGUAGCGAAGCUGCAAAACCGGCAGCAGUUGAUUUCACUGACGAUCCGUUCAAGGAUUAUCGCUACGAAGAUCCGUUCAAUAUCGACGAUCCUUUCGCGGACGACGAUGUAGGUCAUGCAAAUACGGAAGACCCUUUCAGUUCGGAUUCUAACUCGCUGAAUAAUAACCGUACCGCCAGUCCCAGGAAGCCACCAGCCGGGGCGACCAGCUCGAACCAACUGGACGAUUUGUUUGGCGAUGCGCAGAACAAUAAUUUCCUAUUUGGUGGCAGUUCUGACAUCGGGUUUAAAACCAACAGAAAACUUUCUGAAUCCGAUCCAUUUGAAGCGUUCAAUAAUAAUUUCAGUAGAAAUACUCCCAACGCUACGUCACAAGAUCUGCUUUUUAGGGCAUUCGGUGCGACCGAUAGCUCGGAGAGCGACGCAAAAUCUACGACCGAAUCGAAAAAUGCUUUCUUUGGUGCUGCCGCCGCCGCCGCCAGUCCCUUUGAAGAUGAAUUUAUUCAAACGGAGCGGCAGUUCGUCAACCUGGACUUCUCCAACAAUAACAACAGCAACAGCAACAAAAAGCGUGGAACUAUGGGUAGAGAGACGCUUGAUUUUGCAAACUUUGACGCAUUUAGCAAUAUUAGCAACAAUUUGAAAAACAGUAACAGCCUGAAGCGCACAAAGGAAGGCAAAAGGGCCGUUCCUACGCCACCGCCGGUAACCAAGUUCAAUGAAGACUAUUCGAAGGAGGAUGCGUUCGAAAUGGAUCUUCAAGCCGUCCUGGAGAGGUCGAAGCUUGAGCAGUAAUCUGCCGCCCGCGGCGAGUGCAAUUUAUCGUUUUAGUAAUGUUUUGUAUUUUUUUUAGUUCAGCCAAAUCUAGCUGGUUGAAACAGAAGAGAAACAGUCAAAGAGAGAAAAGAUUUUUAUUACUUAACCACGUUACAAUCAGUUUCCUUGAAUGGGAAAAACUUUGAAAUCAAUUUUUUAAAAAAUGUACUUUUUCCUUUCGUACUUUCGUACCCAGAGCAAUUUCUGGCUAAAUUUGACUAAAUUUCAUGGAACAAAUGAGUAUUGCAGUCCGUUCUGAUGGUCAGUUUAGAGUGUAAUUUGAAUUUGAAUAUUGAUAAAAGGUAGAAAAUUAGCGUAAUCAACCUGUGACUUCAACGUAUCCUUUGUUGUGUUGAACAAGCUUGGCUUGCCUGGUAAUUGGCGUUAUUAAAAUACGAAAUAAUCUGGCUGUGAAUAAUAUUACCGCAGUUUUUUUUUCUUAUUUGUUGUGUUGCUGCAAAAUAAUGCAUGAAACUUCCGAAAAUUUAUCAUAUUUUGUUAUUAAAUGUUGUUUGAAUAUGUGCUAAACUUGAUAGGCUCUUUUAAGGAAACAUUUAAUCGAAUUUGGUAUUUGAUUAAAUAUUUUUAUAAUAAGUGCCAGUGUCUUGUGCUAUGUAUUCAUUUAUGGCAAUUGGUGGUGUUGCUCUUAGUGCCUACCUAGAGAUGAGUCUUCAGCUAGAUUACCAAUUAUGCGAAAAAAGUUGGAACCACAAACACAAUUAUUGUGUCUGGUUUCAAAAAUGAUACUUACAAAGCAUUAAACAUUAAGAGCAUUGUAAAUGCUUGUACAAUUGCUCAUUAUUUGAUGUGAAACAAGGUGUGGAAUUAUCUCUCAGUGUACCACACCACACAUUCAUACUACACAAGCUUUAUCAAAUGUAGGCGAUCAAUUUAUAAGUUCAUAUCAAUUGAACAUGCAUUUGAAUCUUUCCCUACAAUAAGUUAUGAAGUUAGAUUUGUAAAUAUUAGUAAAAACUGUAUAUAAUUCAUUUGUUUUUCUUGGUGUAAACCGGAUUUCAGUUAUACAAACCAGCGUAAACCAUAAUCCCUUGAAUUUUAAAUUCGGAAAUCAAAGGGAAAUUUUUGUCGUGCAUCUUACUGAGAAUCAACGUUCCUACGAAGUUCAAUUCUAGAUAGUUGACGCCAACCUUCUAAAUUCCAAAUUCAAAUAACAUGAAUAUUUUCUUUUGUUUAAUUUUUUUUAUGAGAAAAUGUCCCUUGAAUAUUACAACUAACUAACAGGAAGUACGAUUAUAAUCAAACUUUAUUGUAAUUUGACUAAAUAGGUCAUUCUAAUAAUUAUCCGGAAUAUAAUUUAAUUUAUUUUUUGAAUCAAAAAAGAACCUGAAAAUAAAAUUUUGUUGCUUUCCUGAACUUCUUUUCGAUUUAAAAAUAAUAAUAAUAAACAGGGUUUAUUAAUUUUGCUCAGGUUUCAGGAAACAAGAGGCCUCGAGUUCAAUUACACUUGGCUGCGUGUCGUCAUAAAUCUAAAUCCUCUAAGUAAUUUUAACUACAGUAGGUGCCUUAACACAAAUGUUUAAACUACUUCAAUUUCACGUGGAAACACAGUGGAAACUAAUUUUACAGUAUUCUCCACCAUUAUUGCAAUGGCACUGCAUUCAUGUUAAUCAAAAUCAAAUAAGGAGAAACUUAUUCUGCGAGACGAAUGACGUGACACGGCAAAUUUUAAUUUGCUGUCAUUCGCGUUUCGCGUCCAAGUUGGGUCGAAACGAAUGACAUAGGAGUUUCACCACGAACCUUUCGUGGCAUGUGUCUCGAAUCACUUAACGCCUAAGUGGAUGCAAAUGACAUCGCAAUGAAAUAUGGCUUGUCACUUCACUCGACUCAUGGAAUAAGUUCCAAUGUAAUGAAAAAUCUAAGUCAGCUUGCAAAUCCAACGUGGAAGCAGCGGUCUAGAAAUUAUUAUUAACUCAAAAUUUCCAUGAUUAAACUGAAAAAAAUUGUAUUAUAAUGCUAAAAGCGAAACUUCCUUACAGUUUUAUUAGGUGGACAUAUUUUUUUUCUAGUUUGAAUUAUAGUUUCGUGCUUACAGUGCUAAAGUAAAUAAUAUACUGCUAAGAGAUUGUUAUCAUAAUAUGUAGAUAAACUACAAAUGUAUUGAAAACUUAUUUAAUCGUAA